AUGCUCAACUCGAGAAGCGUCCGGCACCGUCCGGCCUGUGGCUCAGCACCACGCGGCUCGGCCGGUCACUCAACGUCAAUGGGGCGUUCGGACGCCGGAGAGGUGAGCUCGAGUCCCGGCCAGUUCGCCAAUCACCCGCAUCGACGCACCCUCCUCCGUCCUCUGCUCCACUCCGCCUCUCUUCCCACCACCCGGCGGCUUCACCUCAACGAUGUUGUCGCCAGCCCCUUCGCCAGCCUCUACGACUGGCGCACGCGGCGUAGAUUCAAGCGCAACCGUUGCCAUCACUACCAGUAA